GAGAGAAUCAUCUACAUAUUUUCUACUUUCUAAUAUCAUGGGAGGGCCUCUUUUGAUUUUUGAAACGUUGUAGAACAAAAAGAAAAGCUUGUAGGAAAGGAACUUGCUAGGACUAUAAAAACAGGCCUCUGUUCCUCUGUUGUUGAUGUACCUACUUCUACAACCAACCAUGGCUGGUGGUAACUUGAAGAAUGCAGUCGUAGCAUUUCUGGCUCCCCUUCCCUCCAUUAUCUUCUACCUCAUAUUCCUCAGCAACAACCAUCACCAAACAGAUGGGAUUCUCUCUCCUCUCUGGGCGUGGUGCUCCCACCACCCUCUUCUCUUAGCCAAUGUCCUCUUCUUCCUCAACGUCAAUGUCCUCUUCUGGGUCAUCAGCCAAGUUCUAAAAAGCCACUGGAUGAUCGAUUUGUAUUGGACUGUGAUACCUGUAAUGCUUGUUCAUUACUAUGGCUCUCACCCUCUGGCUGAUUAUAACUGGUGGCGCUCAACGAUCGUAGUUUUGAUGACUUGGGUUUGGAGCCUCAGGCUUUCCCACAACUACUUUAGGCGGGAAAAUUGGCAAUGGGGUGCAAGAGAGGACUGGAGGUUCACCGAUAUGAGCUCACAGUAUGGGAAGCACUGGUGGUGGAUUUCCUUCUUCGCCGUCUACCUCUCUCAGCAGGUUUUUCUGAUUGGGGUAUGCCUUCCAAUGUAUGUGAUCCACUCAGUUAAUGUGCCACUGAACAUAUGGGAUAUUAUUGCCGUCAUUGUCUGCAUUUCUGGCAUUGUUGUAGCAUACUGUGCCGACACGCAGCUCCACGACUUUGUAAGCAGAAACAACAAGCUGAAAGAGCUUGGAAAGCCAGUUGUCCCCAAUCUUGAUGAGGGGUUGUGGCGUUAUUCACGGCAUCCCAACUACUUUGGAGAGCAGUUGUGGUGGUGGGGACUAGUUAUAUUUGCAUGGAGCCUGGGACAUGGAUGGGCCUUUGUUGGAUCUCUCAUCAAUACAAUGUGUUUAGCUUAUGUGACUACUCUUGUGGAACGGCGAAUGCUGAAACAAGAUUACAGAGCAGAAGCAUACAGGCGAUAUCAGAAGACAACCUCUGUGUGGAUACCUUGGUUCAAGUCAUCCCCAGGAGGAAAAGAUAAGAAUGCUUAAUUGAUGUUUCUAGCAGUGUGUUAUGCUUUGCUACUUUUUUGUAUUUGUUUUUUUUAUCCAUAAUCUGUUUCUUGUCUUAUAAUGUCUAUGUUCAAAGUUGUUAUCAACUGGUAUUUAUUUGAAAGAAAUGAAUGCAAGUUGGAUUUUAUUUGU